AUGGCGCAACCACGCAAUGAAACAAGAAGUGAGCACUCGAGAAUGACCAUUGAUGGGCGACGAAUCACAUACCACCUUGAGGUUGUGCAGCAACCGGAGAAGGCAAGAGCAUGCGGCUCGGGUCCGAGAUCGUCCGCCGACCGUAGACCGGUAGACCCGCCACCAGUUGUCGAACUUCGGGUGUUCUGCAAUGACAGUGACAUUACCAUGCUGUACGAUGCCACAUUCAUGCUGUAUGCAAGCCUCGAAGUUGCUCGGCCAAUCGCUAGUGGCAAAAUGCAUACUCCUCCCGCGAUUCCAGUCUUGACCGGUGUUGCGGUUGCCAGUGCCGCAUAUCUGGACCGACCCAAGAAAGCCGCCUACUUCAUUUUCCCAGAUCUUUCCGUGCGGCAUGAAGGUUGGUAUCGGCUCAAGUUUUCUCUAUUCGAGGGUGUUAAGCAUGAGGCGGAUGCGGAUCAGGGCAUGCCGUUUGUGCAUUCGUCACCUUCGACCGAUAAACUGACCGCGCCGGUUCGGCACGAGAGCAUGGCGAAUCGUUUGGAAGUUCAAUCUGUUCCAUUCCAGGUGUACAGCGCGAAGAAGUUUCCCGGUCUCAACACCAGCACCUACUUGAGUAAAUUGGUCGCGGAGCAAGGCUGCCGAGUGCGGAUACGACGUGACAUUCGACAGAGAAAGCGGCCGCAGAAGGAACCCGAGGUGGAUGACGCCCUCAGUUCAUACCAUGGUACACCCCAAGCCUCCUACAGAUCCAUGGAGCAUCAACAACAUUCACGGUCCGCCAGUCGCAACAGCUUGGGUAGCCAGUUCGAAGCUGAGCUGGCGAGAAGAGCAUCGGUUGAAAGCAUCUACAACCGUCCCGCUGUUCACAGCCGACACUCAUCCAUUGCCCCGUUGACGAGCCCCUCUGUGCCGAGCUUGACACCGACCAUGUCCAUGCCGCCUCCUCCAGCCUACAUUGCCCAACCUCAGGCGAUGCGUCCCAUGCUGAAUGCACCUGCGCCCUCCAUGCCCCCUCCCAAAUCUUUCCAGCCGCCCCCGCCCACAACGGGCCCGCCCUCCUAUAUGCGGCCGAUUACUCCGGAUAACGAAGACUCCCUUGCCAGUUUGACGCUUCCACCUAUCCUGAAUGGGAGCCUUUUCAACCAGGCUACGCGGCAGUACAGCCUUCCCCAGCCAUCUGCCAUGAAAAGGUCAUUUAGUCCACCGCCCUUCACCUCAGAUGCGUCGAUGAAGGGAGGAGCCCGACCUGAUAGGCACUCCACGAAGGAGCUCGGACUGCCGCCACUACCUCUACCACUGCCACCGUCACGAGCAAGAGCUUACGAUCCCUUCGACCCUCGCACCAACGGUCAUCACGACCCCAAUAUAGGCCAAGAACGGGACCUCUAUGGCAUGGAUCUUACGUACGAAGGUUCGGACGGGUCAAGAGUCAAGGUCGACCGUCCUUAUAAUCCUUACGCACGAUUUCAAUGA